AUGUCUUCCCAGAUUACCCUUACCAGCAGCGAUGGUAUCGACAUCUCCGUUGACCGCGUCGUUGCCGAGCGCUCGGUCCUGAUCAAGAACAUGCUGGAGGACCUUGGUGACUCUGGCGAGGCCAUCCCCAUUCCCAAUGUCAACGAGGCCGUCCUCAAGAAGGUCAUCGAGUGGUGCGAGCACCACAAGAACGAUCCUCAAAGCGCCUCCGAUGAUGAUGAUAACCGCCGCAAGACCACCGACAUUGAAGAGUGGGAUCAGAAGUUCAUGCAGGUGGACCAAGAGAUGCUCUUUGAAAUCAUCCUGGCUGCAAACUACCUCGAUAUCAAGGCUCUCCUCGACGUUGGCUGCAAGACCGUCGCCAACAUGAUCAAGGGCAAGUCCCCUGAGGAGAUCCGGAAGACGUUCAACAUCCAGAACGACUUCACCCCCGAGGAGGAGGAUCAGAUCCGCCGCGAGAAUGAGUGGGCCGAGGAUCGCUAA